UUAAGAUUGUUAGUAUCCUGACAACAGAAGGGAGAAAGAGCUCGGAAAGUGGUGUCUUUUGAGAAACAGGAGCCAAAUUUCUCAUGUUCCCAAGGGUUACCCAAGACAGGGGCUAAGUAUUAUAGACUAUUGUUAUAGAGAAGGCUCGAAGAUUGAAUUUGGUCUUUAUGAGCCCAGAGCUGAGAUCCUGAACCAUAAAUUACAAGGAUUAGGGCAUAGAUGAAAAAGCACGCAACACGUGAUUUCAUUCGAGCUCCAUCUCAUGGGCUGGAUGUGACUCUGGCCAAGCCAUGUAACCUGCUUUUGUCCUAGUUUCUUUAAAUCGAGGUAAAAUGAUCCACGUCCUUUAGUUAUUGUGAAGAAUAAGAAAAAAUAUUUCUGAGGUACCCUGAAGUAAUCGUAAGAAACCUGUCCUCUAUCAAAUCGUACUACCAUUAUUGAACCCUGAGCAGCAGUUUGCAAUGACUCAUCUCCGGUUUGGGACAAAGAAGCUCAGGUAAUUGCAAAUAUUGUUCCCUGGAUAGGCAGAGACAAAAAGAGUAAAUCAUUGUGGUGUUGGGAAAGAAGGAAAUUCCAUUUUAAAAAGUAUACCAGGUAAGGAGGUUUUAAGGAAAGACAAGGAGAAACUUGUUUUCUAAGUCUCAAGACUACGCAUCUUUUCAUAGAUUUCAAUUGCUAACCUAGCCUUUGAUUAUCUGGCACAGACAUACAAAGCUUUCCUGGCUUUUAAAACAAAACAAAACAAAAAAAGCUGUACUUAACCAAGAAAAAAAUCCUUGGCCUUCCAAUAACUAUUAAUAUCGGGUUCUCCAAAGUGAUUUGGGGGAUUGGUUUUAAAUAGCAAAGCCUCAGACAGCUUAGGCUUGCUUUCUUUCCAGUCACCAGGGUUAAGAAGCCAAAGGACAGAGCCCGGGACCAGGGAUCCAGGAUGGAGCUUUUUUUUUCCUUUCCCUAGUAGAUCCCGGAACAUUCCGAGUGGGAGGGAGGAGGUGUGGACAAGCUGGGGGCGCGGCUGCCGGGCUUGCGCCCCUCCCCCGGAAAAGGCCGGGGGGUGGGUGGGCAGGAGGGCCUCGGCGCUAGACGGGAAACGUCAGGGGGCGGUGACUCGCCCCAGCCCGGGGUCCGGACUCCGCCGCAGCCCAGCCCCAGCUGGAGCGCCGGCCCCGCUCCCGGGCGCGGUGCUGGAGGAGGAGCGGGAGGGGGCGGCGUGCCGGGGGCGCGCCUCGUGGCCGUGCUCGCUCCCUUUGGGUCUCCCUCCCUCUUUCCUCUUCCUUCCCUCCUUCGCCUGCGCUACGGGCCGCAGGAGAAGGAGGUGGCGGUGGCGGCGGCGGCGGCGGCGGCGGCAGCUCGGGAUCAGACAUGGCGGCGGAUCUGAACCUGGAGUGGAUCUGCUCCUUGCCCCCGACCUGGACUUACGGGAUCACCAAAGGCGGCCGCGUGUUUUUCAUCAAUGAGGAGGCGAAGAGCACCACCUGGCUGCACCCCGUCACGGGAGAGGCCGUGGUCACCGGGCAUCGGAGGCAGAGCCCAGAUUUGCCUACUGGUUGGGAAGAAGCAUAUACUUUUGAAGGAGCAAGAUAUUAUAUAAAGAUCAUGAUUUAUAUCCCUAUCCCCUUUUGAUGGGAGUGAACCCUGAAACUGUAUCCCCUUUAAUCUGUAAAAGAAGGGUAUACAGCUCAGGGCUGCUCCCUACUCCAAUGCUAAUCAUGGGAAAAGGUCUGCUUCUCAUUCUUCCUUGAAAGUAAUCCAGAAUUGGAGGCUGGGCAAUAAAGCUCCCAGUCGCCAGCUGUUCAGAAUGGAUCUAGGACCCCUUCUUGACCAAUUGCACAAUCUCUCUCUGAACUAGAGUGCUCUACCCAGUGGACUCCUGACCAGACCCAAUCCUCAGGGACCAAAGACCUCUCUUUCCUUGUUUUACAUGACCAGGACUCGUUACUUUUUCCCCAUCAGGAUUCAGUCUGUUGCAUUUUCUGAAUCUGUGUUAAGUUCUAGGGUUGGAGUGGGGCAGUCUUAGAGUACUGACUCUUGCUGCUCUUCUGUCUUGGCUUCUCAUUACUCUUUUUGACAUGUAGCAGAAGAAGUAUAGUCCAAAACCAAGCAAAAUACUCCAAAUGUGGUAUGACCAGAUAAGAGUACAGAAGGAUUAUUGUUUUGGUAUACUUGGAAGCUAUCCAUCUCUUAAUGCAGUCCAGGAUUGCAGUCACCUUUUGAAGCUCUAAUUAUAGAAUUACCAAGUUUGUAUAGAUCUUGAUCAAAUUGUUGUCUGACUGUCCAUCCUCCAUCUUGUACUGUGAAGUUGGUUCUUUGAAACUAAAUAUAAGACUUUUAACUUUUAUAAUUAAAUAUUUGAGAUGAUGAUUUUAGCUUGUCGAGAUUUUUGUUUCUGAUUUAUUCAGUGUGUUAUUUAUCCUUCUCAGUUUCAUAUCAUCAGUAAAUUUUAAAAGCUUGCCAUCUGUUUUUAAGACCAAGUCAUUGUUAAAUAGAAUAGGACCACAUUUAGAUCUCUGAAGCCAUUUUCUCAAAGACUUGUUAGGUUUACAUCCAACCUUUAAUGAAUACUCUUUGGUUCUAGGCAGUUAAUCUUUUCUGGAAUCCCCUUCUAUGAUUGACAAGCUUUUCCCACUCUCUUCCCACUCCCCACCCCUGAGAAAUUUUUACCAGACUAGGAUAUAUAGGUCUACAAUAUAGGUAUACAAAUCAAACAUUUACUGAUAAUAAGUCGUGAAAAAAAUUAUUUAAAAUAAUUCUUUAGUAUUUUAUUUUAUUAAAUUUAUUAAAGAUAAGCAAAUUUGCAUACUAAAUGAGAUACUUGUGCAUUUUAAUAUAAAGAAUUAAAUCGGGGCAGCUAGGUGGUGCAGUGGAUAGAGCACUAGCCCUGAAUUCAGGAGGAUCCAAGUUCAAAUCUGACUUCAGGCACUUAACACUUCCUAGUUGUGUGACCCUGGGCAAGUCACUUAACCCCAAUUGCCUGAGCAAAAAACAAAAAACAAAACAAAACAAAAAAAAAAAAAAAAAAAAAAACAAGAAUUAAAUCUUCGCAGAAUUUUUGAUACUUUUUACAACUGCCAAAUUUUUACAUGACCCCAUAUGGGGUUGUGACCCACAGUUUAAGCAGCUUUGUUCAAGCCCACAUCUCUUUGCCUUUUUCUGUCAGAACAGCUUGAUAAACUUUUGUUGUUAUCAAAAUCUAGGACACAUUCUAUUGCAUUCCCCUUCUAUCAGUUUAGUAACUUAGCCCAAAAAGGAAAGAGAGCCAGUGUGAUAUGACUUACUAUAUUUUUAAAAGGAAAUGUUAUUAACUUUUGUGUAUAUAUCAUGAUCCUUCGAGGGAAUGCCAUUAUCCUUUUUGUAGGAUGCCCUUGAAUUGUCCUUUGCAUUAAAGAAAAAUCAGAAAAAGAAUUACCAUAAUCUUUAACUCUGAUGAUAGAAAUAGAAUUCCACAUUCAUUGUCCACUCAGCUCUCCACGCAAGGUAGAGAGGUUUCUUUUUUAUCAUAUGUUCAGGGCUAAUGACUAAGAUUGGUCAUAAGUAUAUUACACAGUUUUUCUUUUAUUUUUGUUAUUUUCGUUUAUAUUAUUGUAGUCAUUUUCUAUGUUUUUCUCUUGAUUCUGACUUUUUCUUUGUAUCAGUUAAUGUCUUCCUAUAUAUCUCUGAACUCUUCCUAGUCAUUGUUUCUUAUGUCAUGUUAACAUUCAAUUAUAUUCAUUUAUAUACCAUUUUAGUUCAUAUUCUAGUUUAUGGGGAAAUGGCUUGAAUUUUUGUUUUCCUUAUAGUACCACAAAAAUUUAUACUCUGAAUAUUUUGAUACAUAUAGAGUUUUUAUUUUUGUCUUUCCUGCUUGAUUUUUUGCAUAUAUAGUAGUGGGACCUCUGGGUCUACAAAUAAUGAAUGAUUUGUUUUUCUAGAAUUGUCUGUUCAAAUUCAUAGCUCCACCAAUAGUGUAUUUGUGUGCCUAUCUUCCUAUAGCCCAUAUAAUAUAAACUAUUUGUGUCUUUUAUUAUCUUUGCCAGGCUUAUGAAUUUUGAAUGAAAUGUCAAAUUUGCAACACUUUGCAUUUCUUUUAUUAUUAAGUUUGCAUUUAUUAGGUGAUAGUUUGUGAUUCUCCAUUUGAAUAUGAUCCUAUUCUUUGACAACUAAUCUCUCUGGGAAAUUUUUCUUGAUCUUAUUUGUUAUAUUGUACAGUUUUGUUAAAGCCAUUUCAUACAGAAAUUCAUCCUCACCCCCAUUUUCUGUUCUUAUCCUAUCAAUUUUAUUUUGCUUGGAAGUGUCUGAGACCAGAUUUGAACUCUUUAUCUUCCUGUCUUCAGUCUUUUCUACCACUUUGCUGUCUGUUUGGAUCAGAAUUUUGCUCCUCACUAUAAUUAUGAAAAGUAGUUCUUUGAUUCUCUAAUUUUUUUCUUUUUUUAAAUUAUAGCUUUUUAUUUUCAAAAUAUAUACAUGGAUAAUUUUCAACAUUCACCCCUACAAAACCCUGUGUUCUAAUUUUUUUCCUUCCCUUCCCUCCAUUCCCUCCCUGACAUGAGCAUUCUCUAAUUUUUUUAAGCAUGAGAUUUCUCAGUUAGGCUAUUAUUACCUGUUCUUUUUGAAGCAAAAGAGUCUUUGUAGUCUCUACUUCCUUUUCUAGUUUACUGCAAUUACUUAAAAAUAUUCCAAGAAGAUAGGCUUUCCCAAGACUUUCAAAGGCUUGGUUGCCUGAUACAAAACAAAGUUAAGAAUUUCUGUUCUAGAAGAAUAAUAGAAUGUAGCAUAAAUCAAGUAAUACCAUCGAUUUCAACUCAUCCAACCUGUUGAACAGUCAUUAAGAAGCCUUUUAGAAACCUGGUUAUCUCUUACCACAGCUAAUCUUAAUAGUAGGUCAGAAUCUAGCUCUCUCUAGUAAUGGUAACCAUAACUGAAUCUAAAAAAAUAAUCACCUCCCACCCCUGAGCUAUAUAACCUAUAUCAAAUCUUGUUUAAAAAACAAAAACACUACAAAGGCCCUUUUUUAUAUAUUGUACCUUAAAUCAUCAAAAUAUUACUAUUUCUUUAGCAUAUAUUGAAAUAUUGACACAUUAAGAAGAUGCAAAUGGCUCAUAUCUAGACAAAAACGUUUUAGCACUUAGAGGAUUUACAACAUGUGUCCAUUUGAAAAUUAGCCAGAAUUGAGGAUGUGUGGGAGCCAACUUCAAAACAAAACCAAGAACACUAUUUCUUUCAGAGAAAAAAAAAAAAAAAGAUAAUCUUAAUAAUUCACAUGAACCUUUCCAAAACAAUUUGAUGUGCAGAUAAAUGGCUCUUCCUGGGAUCAGGGAUGUGGUCUCAAAGUUGAAAUUCAAAACGCCUCAUUUUAAAUGAUUGAGACUUAUCUGUUAUAUACUUAGAAUGGAAGUUUUUUUAAGAUUUAAAAGAUAAUCCUAGCAAACACAAUGCUGUAGUUUUUUGAGGUAAAGUCAGAAGUUCUUGUUUAGUUUUUGGCAAAUUCUUUUGAAUUACAGAUCUCUUUAAUGCAACAUGGGAUGAAGGAUUUCUAUAGUUUAGCAAUUUAACAUUUAUCAUAUGCCUUACUAAGUUAUAUUAGGUAACUUAGUUGAGAUCAAAAAGUUGCUGUUUAGGGUCUCUUCUUUCAGAUGGAAGUUUCCAUUACAAUGUCCAUCAUUAUAAUAGGAGGUUUGUUGCAAGCUUGAAAUCUUACUUUUCAGAAAUAUAGUGGGGUGUUUUGGGUUUUUUUGGUAUUCUAACUAUGAAUAAUAAUACAGUAUCCCUUCAUGAAAGUGUUAUUAUGGACUUUUAGCUACUAUUUCUUAAAAUGAAAGAAUUAGCAUAUGUUCUUGGAUAAAAUAUAUAUAUGAUGUUGCAUUUCCCUGGACUAGGGUGAUAGUAGUGGCAAGGGAAAGGAAGAUUGAUCGUAGGGGAAAAAAAACUUUUUCUUGUCGAAAGAUUUAAACAACAUUAUUUACCAAAUGCCAAGUUAACUUUUAAAAAAUUACUUGGGGCUACUGGCCAAAAUUUCUUCUUAAACUGAGACAGAAUUCACCAGUUUCUUUUAUCUACAAAAGCAAAAAACCUAGAAAUUUUCCCAGACCAGAAAUGAUCAAGAAAUGAUCAGAGGCAGAUUACAGUGACUUCAUCUGCCCACAAACAACUCAAAGCCAUACAGAAGCUCAUGGCCACAAUAAAGAAAUGGACAAACAAGCCAACCAUAUUCUAAUACAGCCAGACUGGUUAAAGACUUGUCACGACUUGUUUGAAACAGGAACUGAUGACCUUCCGUGGUUUGAAACCUAUCAUAAGAUGCUGUAGAACAGAAAUGUCCAGUUCUCUUCCGGCAUCAAUAAGGCACUUGAAAAACGGACCAGAUUAAAAUGGAAUUGGGUAAAUAAAAAUAUAGUACAUUUAAGUACUUAAUCAAUGAGCAAGGAAGGCAAGAUGAUAUAAGUUUUAUUGUAUCUGCCAUGUGCCAGAUACUGUGCUAAGCACUUUACAGAUAUAGCAUGUGAUGCUCAAAAAGUUAUCAAACUUUGCAUACCUUUUGAUCCAGCAGUGUUUCUACUGGGUUUAUACCCAAAGAGAUACUAAAGAAGGGAAGGGACCUGUAUGUGCCAAAAUGUUUGUGGCAGCCCUGUUUGUAGUGGCUAGAAGCUGGGAAAUGAAUGGAUGCCCAUCAAUUGGAGAAUGGUUGAGUAAAUUAUGGUAUAUGAAUGUUAUGGAAUAUUAUUGUUCUGUAAGAAAUGACCAACAGGAUGAAUACAGAGAGAUCUGGAGAGACUUACAUGAACUGAUGCUGAGUGAAAUGAGCAGAACCAGGAGAUCAUUAUGUACCUCAACACUGUAUGAGGAUGUAUUCUGAUGGAAGUGGAUCUCUUCAAUAAAGAGAGCUAAUUCAGUUUCAAUUGAUCAAGGAUGGAUAGAAGCAGCUACACCCAAAGAAAGAACACUGGGAAAUGAAUGUAAACUGCAUUUUUGUUUUUCUUCCCAGGUUAUUUAUAUCUUCUGAAUCCAAUUCUCCCUGUGCAACAAGAGAACUAUUCAGUUCUGCAUACGUAUAUUGUAUCUAGGAUAUACUGUAACCUAUUUAACAUGUAUAGGACUGCUUGCCAUUUGGGGGAGGGGGUGGAGGGGGAGAGAGGGGCAAAAUCGGAACAGAAGUGAGUGCAAGGGAUAAUGUUGUAAAAAAUUACCCUGGCAUGGGUUCUGUCAAUAAAAAGUUAUUUAAAAAAAAAAAAACAACACAACAAAUAGCAUGUGGUUCCUAUAUCAAUCCUAUGAAACAAGUGCUUAUAUUAUCUUAUUUUUGCAGAUGAGGAAACUGAGGCAAACAGCAGUUAAGCAGUUUGCCCAGUGUCACACAAAUAUUAAGAGUCUUUAGCUUUAGAUCCACUGUUCUGUUCUAGAUUAUCUAGAAGAAAUUGAGAGGCAAUAAUAAUAAUAAUAAAAGCCCUGGAAAACAGCAUUGGAAAGAGAAUUAAUAGCUUUAAAUUACAAAGAAUAAACCUACCCAAAUUAUAGUCUCCUCAAAAAUUAGAAUUUACCAAAAAGAAAUUAAUGACUUCACCAGAGAACAAACCGUGGAAUAAAAAGAUUGAAUCCGUUAAUACAAAUAUUUGACUUUGCAAACAGGAGAAGACAUAAAUUAAAAAUUACUGGGCUCACUGAAACCCAUGAUAAAGAAAACAAAGCCUAGAGAGAAUAUUCAAGAAAUCUUAUAUGAAAAUU